ACUCUCGUCUCACCUCAUUUUUAAUCUCCCAUAUUCGCUCCCCAGGACCUGUGCAGGGGCCAUAUCGCGAGUCGACCACGCCCUGAUUCCUACGCCAGCUCCGCUUGAUCCGCCUCACCCGCCUCGCUGCAGCAGAAGCCUCGGGCGGUCUGAGAUUAACUAGCCACAAUGGAGAACACGGCGACCCAGUCGCCGCGUGCGCGCUCUGACACGCAUUUCAGCCUGCGCAGCAACAAAAGUCACGAUUCUCCAGGCAAGAGCAAGCACGAGAAGAAGGACAGCGCAACCAAAAUCCACUACGAGCCCAAAGGAAAGGCAAACCCGAACGCCGCCAUGGAAGAAGCCCAGCCUAUGGCCGCUGCGCUUGAGAAGCCCACCCUCCAGUCUCUGCGCGAGUUCCAGCACAGCGACGCCAACGGCAAUGUCAUUGCCGAACCCGAUCUGUCCAACCCAACGCGCUCGCGAUGGGAGCGCCCGCUCGACACCAUCCGCUCUUUCGAGGCGGCCAUUGACGGCGAAUACAAGCGCAGAGUGCAGUCGACACGCGGCGACCAGACAGACAUCAUGAGCGGGUUCAACAGCCGUAGGAGCAGCUUUUACGGCGGAGGACCCGACUACCAGCAGAAUCGCUACUCCCAUGCCAGCGGAUACCACGGCAACAGACAUGCUGGCCGCGACAGCUACGACAACAGCCACGACAUGGGUGGUCCCGUAGGCGGACAGCAGCGGAUGCGAUACAGCAAUCGCAUGCAGCCUGACCAAGGGUGGAACAACAGGCAAAACGGUGGCAGCAACAUCUACGGACCCAGCGGCUACCAACAGUCGCGCGACACUGUACACACAAAUGGCUCCAACGGCAGCCACAGCGACGGACCCUACUCGAACGAUCCCAACAGCGAGAACUCGUCGAUUGAGCGAGGCGUGCCCGUUCAAAAACCCCAGCCGCCGCCCCAUGGAGAGUACGGAUACAACGGUUACAACGGCGGAGCGCCCAUGAUGGAGCAACGGGGACAUCAAGGCCAGUUCUCGCAACCACAAAACGCUUACGUGCCGCCGCCUGUUGCGAAGAAAGCAAUGCCCAUCAAAUUGGGUGGUGGUGCUGGCGGACCGCCUCCUGCUAGUGAGAACAGGCCAGCUAUGGUGUCCAAGAACAGCGAGGACAAGAGGCGGAGUUGGUUCAAGAAGCGGUUCAGCAAAGACUAGACUGAGCAGCAACAAUAAAUUGGGCGAUGUGUGUGGGAGUAUUUACAAAAUUUCUCCGUUGAGAUAUAUGGAUGUGGAUAUGACAUAUUUUCUUUAUUUUUUCUGCGAUAGAUUCUUGGUGUUGGGGAAUUAUGACGACGCUCAUGGCACCGGGACCACAGGGAUGUUUUCACGAUGGGGAUUGCCCUGGGUAUCAAGGCCCUAUGACCACGUCAUUCUUAUCCUCGACGUUGACAUGCUGCAGCAAGUUGGAGUCAGGACGGGUUUCUUUGCAAUGUUUGGCAACUGUCACUCUUUAAGAGGUGAGCUGCUACAGAAGUGGCUUGAGACCAGCUAUGUAGUAAUCUUUAAUGAUGUGGCGUGCAAGCAUUUAUUCAUCUUUCUCAUGCUC